UUAGGAAAAUUACGAAAUUAGCAUAGUAGCAUAAGAAGUUUUACAUUUUAAGACCUAAAAACAACUCGAAAUGUCUCAAGCUCAAAAUAUCGAAAAAAUGGAAGUUAACGCUAACGCCAGCGAAUCCGCUACAGAAGCGGGCACAGUCGAAUCAUACGAAAACUUAGAUCUCGAAGAGGAAGAAAUAUUCUUCCAAGAUAUCGACUUACUGGAAGAGCAGGGCAUUUCGAAAGAAGACAUUAAUGCUCUGAAGAAAAUAGGCGUGAACACGAUUAAAGGUUUACAAAUGACCAUACGUAAAAAAUUGCUGGCGUUAAAAGGUUUCAACGAUGUCAAAAUUAAUCAAAUCAAAGAAUCUUGCGGUAAGAUUGGUUUGAGCAAUGGAUUUAUGACUGCUCUGGAAGUUUGCGACCAACGAAAGCAGGUUUUUAAGCUUCAAACAGGCAGCGUAAAUUUAGAUAAAUUGUUAGGUGGUGGAGUUGAAUCCAUGUCCAUAACGGAGGUUUUUGGUGAAUUUAGAACCGGAAAAACCCAAUUGGCCCAUACUCUCUGUGUCACUGCCCAAAUGCCCGGUUUAAAUGGAUAUCUAGGCGGAAAAGUAAUGUUUAUUGACACUGAACAUACUUUUCGCCCAGAUCGUUUAAGACCAAUAGCAGAACGAUUUAAUUUGGAUCAAACAGCUGUGCUCGAAAAUAUUCUGUAUGCUAGAGCUUACAAUUCUGAACAUCAAUACGAACUUCUAAAUAACGUAGCGGCCAAGUUCCACGAAGAAGCCGGCAUCUUCAAGCUUCUAAUAAUCGACUCAGUCAUGGCCUUAUUUCGCGUAGAUUUCACCGGAAGAGGCGAGAUAGCCGAGCGUCAACAGAAACUCGGCCAGAUGAUGUCGCGCCUUCAAAAAAUUAGUGAGGAAUACAACAUCGCCGUUCUUGUGACCAAUCAGAUCACGUCCGAUUUUACGGUGUUGCCGAGCGAAGGAGACAUGGCCAAACCGGUAGGGGGCAACGUUUUGGCGCAUUCGUCCACCACCAGGCUCGCGUUGAAGAAGGGAAAGGGGAAUAAGAGGGUGGCUACGAUCUAUGAUAGUCCCGAUUUGGAGGAGAACGAGGCGUCUUAUGUGAUUACUAAUGGCGGGAUCGAUGAUCCCAAAGAUAAGGAUUGAUUGUUUUUAAAAUGUAAUUUUUUUGUGAGUUAG